UUGAAUUAUGAUAUGUAAACUUCAAGUAAGAAAAUCGAAACCAAAGUAUGAAAGUUAAAUACAUUUAUAAAAAAUGCAUCAUUGUUUAUCUAAUUACACUUUGGAUUCGCCGAAUGGCACCAUCACCACCCCUUGCAACGUUACUAAUAUGACAUCCGUUAGUGAAGACGAUGAUCUUCCAGAUGAUGUUAUUUUUUGGGAUCAUCCCGAAGAAAUGCUUAUACCAUGGCUUGUUAGCAAUUAUUUUUUUCCUAUCGUUAUCACCUAUAUCAUUACAUUUGUUGUGGGAGUAUCCGGUAAUGCUGUCGUCAUAUCAGUCAUGGCAGGUGAUAGAACAUCCAGAAACGUAACGAGCAUUUUUCUCGUAAGCUUAGCCGUUGCUGAUCUCCUUCUAUUAGUUAUAUGUGCACCUUUGGAUGUGGCACAUUAUUUUGUAGUUCAAUGGGAUCACGAAGGAGCCAUAUGUAAAUUGGCUGCAUAUGCCGAAACUGUAUCUGCAUUUGCAUCUGUACUGAAUCUUGUUGCUGUGACGUUAGAAAGAUUCGUCGUAAUUGUUUUCCCAAUUCGUUCAAGAUCUGUUUGCACCAUGAGCAACUGCAAAAAAUUAAUGAUUUUUGUAUGGAUCGUUUCUCUUCUGUUAGCAAUCCCUGCAGUCGCUACUAAAAAUAUCGAAAAAUUGAUAUUUACUAACCACAAAGUAACUGUGAUCCUCUUCUCUUGUAAAGAAUUGGAUGAUUGGAGAGGUUUUACAGUGGCUGUUUACCGUUUAGUUAUGCUAUUUGCUUUACCUUCCGUUCUGAUGAUUGUCUGUUAUGCUCGAGUUAUCAUGGAAUUGUGGAUCAGCACAAGAACUAUGGAUGAAUUAACUAAUACUGUAGCGAAUGUUGGGGUGCAAAGAUUAAAUCGCAUAGAUUCUCGUUCUAGUAUUAGUCGUGAUUCCCAUCUUUCCUGUCAUCAGAAUCGUUUACUUGUCAGAGAUCCCAUGAAUACUGAAUAUCGAGAUGUAAAAAAGGCUAGACAACAGGUAAUCAAGAUGUUGAUAUUGGUUGUGGUCUUAUUUUUGGUGUGUUGGGGUCCUAAAUUGCUGAUGGAAAUCAUUCGAAACUGCUGUUUGGAUGUCUACAAUCACGGAAUUUAUACAAGUCGCUUUAUAUUUUAUCUUCUCCCCUUCGUUCACAGUUGUUUAAAUCCUAUCGUUUAUUGUUUUAUGUCAACGAAAUUUCGAAGAAGAAUGUUUCGUUGUUUCGAACGUACUUGUGGCAAUACUUGCGUUUCAAUAUGUUGCUGUAAGACUCCAUCAGUUAGAAGACAAGCCAGACAUAUGAGCACCAUGUCCAGAAAUGGUACAACUAGAGUGGGUUCUACUUAUACUUUCACUUCCUAUACUUGUAGUCCUUCUGGUGAAACAACAAAAAUUACAGAACUUGAUACUGUCACAUUAUAAUGGGCUUAACAUCGACAUUAAGUCAUCGUAUCCCACCUUUUGUCACAUGUAUUGCACUGUAAAAUAUUCAGUUUUAAUUCCAUUUAUUAAUCUAUUUGUAUGUAUGUACAUUA